UUUCGGCGUCGUCUUCUUCGUUAUCCCAUCUUCCCGAAUUAGGGUUUGCGUUCGCCAUUGCUCCCUUCCUCCCCCUCGUUGCCUCUGCAGAGAUAUUAUCAAAAUAUACAUAUAUGCAACCGCCGAUCGGAGUCGAGUACUUGAUAAUUCUCAGAUAAAUUUCCCGUAGUUCGCGUAAAUUUUCUGUCUCGUUCAUUGGUUUCAGGAUAAGGGAUUUUCUCAUUAUGAACAUAUCUGGUAAGUUUCGGUUCGCGGCUUCGAUGAACGUGAAGGUCUUGAACAAUCUGAGAGCAUUCGGUCCUGGUUUGAAUCCUUUUGCCCCCUACAACAUGGCCAAUCAUUCCUCUCGCUAAAUUUUUUUACCGUCGCUUUCGAUUUGUGUUCGAAGAUUAUGUAAAACAUUUCUUUCUGUGGGAGCUGGGAAUAAGAUCUGAGAUUUCAGGUGUUUUGUCUGUGGAUUUAUUAGCUUCGUUUCGAUUUAUAUCCUGAAAUACGAAGAGUAGAGCUUUGUUUAGGGGAAGUAUUGGAAUUCCUGAUCUGAGCGCAUAUAUGCGCAUCUUUGGUUCUGUUCUCUAUCGAGAGUUUCGUUUUGUGUGCAAGUUCUGACUAUUUACUUGGAGUAUCUGAGAAGUUUGGUUUUCAAGUCUCUGGGGUUCAAUAUAGCUGUUUGUGUGAUCAAAAGAGCAUAAGAAUUAACACAAUGCUGAGCAUCGAGGGGGAAUAUAUUCGGAGGAAGCGAAAGCUGCUUGUGUCUGGAGAGGAUAGGGAUGAUCGUGGCUGGACUAUGCUCCAUAUCCAUGCUAGGAAAGGUGACCUCAAAGAGGUAAAGCGGCUACUUAACGAAGGAAUGGACGUUAACGUUGUUGCUUGGGGCCCCAAAUCACACGGCGUAACACCACUCCAUCUUGCUGCCAAAGGUGGGCAUCUCAAAGUCAUGGAUGAAUUGCUCGAGCGCGGCGCUGACAUAGAUGCGCGAACCAAGGGUGCCUGUGGCGGCUGGACACCACUUCACCACGCAGCCAAGGAGAAAAAGAAGAAAGCAAUCAAAUUUCUGGUGAUGAACGGCGCAUUUUUGCCGGAUGACAUCAACGACACGAGGUUCAACCCUCCCGUCCACUACUGUCCCGGACUCGAAUGGGCUUACGAAGAAAUGAAACGCUUGCAGCUGGAAAGCUCGUCUAGCGAGGCAUCCUCUGUCUCCGACAACUGAGCCUCGCUCUCUCUAUACGGUGCGCGCAAUGACGAUUCAAUACUUUUACAUGAUUAUUAAUCAUCUGAUUGAGUUCGUUGGUAUCUUUUAUAUGCCUACACAGCCUCUCUGGUUUCUGCCUGUCAAAUCUAUGUGUCUUUGUUCUUCUUCUUCGUCUAUCCGUCGAUCGUUUCGUACUAGAGAAGACAUUCUGAAUAUAUAUAUAUAUAUAUAUAUAUGUUGGUGAAUGAUUAUCUUGUGAUGGUUAUUGUGAUAUAUGAUGGCUUCUCUA